AUGGCUCUCGUGCGCAGUGUUGGGCUUCUGGCUCUGCUGGGGUCGGUCCGGUGUCUGAGCCGGGAGCAGCUCUUCGAUUACGGGAUCCGGUUCGGCGAUAAGAUUCUGGAUUCUGCAACCGAUUCGGUCCGAGAGCUCGAGCUGGAACAAACGCUCUUCUUCUUCAAAGGAAAGUUCGAUAAAGUUUACGUGAACACCAAUGGCUUCAUCUCUCUGAGUCACCCGGCCGAUGAAUCUGAGUACCUGGGGAAGAUGCCGGCCAGUUUUGGUAUGAUUGCAGCCUUCCUGGGAGAUCUGGACACCACCGAUGGGGCCGGGUACGUCUAUUUCCGCCAGGAUAAAAGCCCUGAUGUGCUCCAGAGAGCCGCGGAGCACAUCAGACAAGCGUUUCCUUCUGACGAACAGAUCGAACCCACUCACGCCAUCAUCGUCACCUGGGAGAACGUGGCACCUCAAGGUGAACGAGGACCAGGAGGUGAAUAUAUGAGAAAUACCUUCCAGCUAGUUGUAGCAAACAUGGAGUCUGCGUCGUAUGCCGUCCUGCUGUAUCCGGAGGAGAGCAUGCAGUUCGGCUCCACUCUCAUUGAUGAUGAAGAUCAGCUGAUCGAGGUGGGCUUCAAUGAAGGGAAGGUCCAGGGAUGGUUCGGGUGGGGGUCCACUCAAGGAGCUUACUAUCGCAUCACCGGAGACAGCGAGGACUCCAUAAGCGCUCUCGCACAGGAGACAAACUCGGGCCGGCCUGGCGUUUGGGUCUACGAGAUCGGCACCUCUCCGUUAUUCACCUCCAUCACACCCGGAGUGGUCACGGAGGUCACAGAGGUCACGCAGGUGACGGAGGUCACAGGGGUCACGGAGGUCACAGAGGUCACGUCUGAGGAGACUGUGGUGGACUCUCUGGUCCCAGAGCCGUCAGUCCCGUGGAUUCGACACCAUGAGGAUCUUCUGACCUCCGAAGCGCCGUAUGAACCUCUCUCCACCAGUCCAGAGCCGUUCGGAGAGUCGUCCACCCCUGACGAGCCUCAGCAUCAUUAUCGUUUCGUUCAGCCUCAGCAGCCACAGAACCCGCAGGUGCUGAUCAUCGAUGAAGACGAGCUGAACGUCGACGUGUUUUCGUAUAAUUACGAGACGUGCUCCAGCAACAAGCACAAGUGCUCUGUGUUUGCCGACUGCAGAGAUUACGCUGAUGGAUACUGCUGUCACUGCAAACCUGGUUAUUACGGCAACGGCAAGGAUUGCAUCGCCGAGGGCAAGCCUCAGAGGAUGAACGGGAAGGUCAGUGGCAGGAUCUACGUGGGUGAUUCUCCGUCUCCUGUGGAGUUUUCUAACAACGACCUGCAUUCGUACGUGGUGACUAACGACGGUCGAGCGUAUAUCGCCAUCAGCAGCAUCCCGUCCAGCAUCGGUCCGUCUCUACAGCCGCUGCCGGCUCUGGGUGAAGCCAUCGGAUGGGCCUUCGCUCUGCAGCAACCCGACUACCACAACGGCUUCAGCAUCAUCGGAGGGGUUUUCACACGGCAGGCCGAGGUGGUCUUCCAGCCCGGGAACGAGCGGCUGACCAUCAGACAGGAGUUCAGUGGCAUCGAUGAACACGAUCACCUGAUGAUCAGCACUGAACUGGACGGCAGGAUCCCAGAGGUUCCUCGAGGAGCCACGGUCCAGAUCCAGCCCUACAGAGAGAUCUACCAGUACUCCAGCAACCUGAUCACGUCCUCGUCGCGGCGGGAGUACACCGUUAGCAUGCCCGACGGUAGCCUUCACACACACAGCUACCUGUGGACGCAGAACAUCAAGUUCCAGAGCUGUCCGCACGAGGAGGUCCUGAGCGCCGUGCCGGCGAGCCAACAGCUCAGCGUCGACCAGAUCUUCGUCAUGUACGACUCCAGCAACCAGCUGAUCCGCUUCGCCAUGAGCAACAAGAUCGGCUCCGUCCACAGUGGCGUCCCGGAGCAGAAUCCCUGUUUCACCGGGAGACACGGCUGUGACACUAACGCCGUCUGUCGUCCGGCUCCAGGAAAAGACUUCAGCUGUGAAUGUGCGGCUGGAUUCAGCGGAGACGGACGGGUUUGUUACGAUGUGGACGAGUGCUCAGAAAGUCCUCAGAUCUGCGGGGCGUUCAGCGUCUGCAGUAAUCAGCCCGGAUCGUUCCGCUGCGAGUGUGUGGAGGGCUUCAGGUUCGGCAGCGAUGGACGCACCUGUGUCGAGACGGAGCGUCCCGUCAAUCACUGUCAGAGAGGAACACACGACUGCGACGCUCCCGAACGCUCCCGAUGCAUCUACACCGGAGACUCGUCUUACAUCUGCUCGUGUGUGCCGGGCUUCUCCGGAGACGGACGCGUGUGUCGGGAUAUCGAUGAGUGCCAGCCGGGCCGUUGCCAUAGCGAUGCCAUCUGCCACAACACCCCGGGCUCCUUCACCUGUCUGUGCCGGCCUGGUUUCCACGGCGACGGCUUCAGCUGCACACCUGUGUCCGAAGGUGAGCAGACGGCGUGUGAGCGUCACAGAGAAGCAGCGCAGGCCUCGAGCGGAGACUUGUUUCGUCCGCGUCCAGCUGUGGGUCAGUUCGUGCCCAGCUGUGAUGCUCACGGUGCCUACGACCCCCUGCAGUGUCACUCCAGCAGCGGUCAGUGUUGGUGUGUGGACUCGUCCGGACGAGAGAUCCCCGGAUCCAGAGCUCCGUCCGGCAGCAGACCCAUGUGUAUUGGUCACAGUGUGGCUCCGCCCCUCAUUGGCCCCACCCCCAGACCUGACAUCAGUCCUCUGACUCCUGGAGCGAAUCUCUUAUUCAGCCAAAGCGGUAAGAUCGAUCACAUCCCGCUGGACGGCAGCCGGAUGAUGAAAGAUGAGACUAAGACUGUUCUGCACGUACCUGGUAAAGUGGUGAUCGCAGUGGCGUUCGACUGCGUGGAGCAGAUGAUCUACUGGACUGACAUCACACAACCCUCCAUCAGCAGAGCAACACUACAGGGAGGAGAGACCUCCGUCCUCAUCAGCAGCGAUCUGGGCAGUCCUGAGGGAAUCUCCAUCGAUCACGUGUCCAGAAACAUGUACUGGACCGACUCCGUCCUGGACCGCCUCGAGGUGUCCCGACUGGACGGGAGUCAGAGGCGUGUCCUGUUCGACGAUGACCUCAUCAACCCGCGCCCGAUCGUCGCUGACCCCGCCCACGGAUACCUGUACUGGGCCGACUGGAACCGCGACGGACCCAAGAUCGAGCGCUCCGGUCUGGACGGGAGCGACAGGACGGUGCUGGUGCAGGACGGGCUGGGGCUGCCCAACGCUCUGACCUUUGACCCCCAGAGCAGGCGGCUCUGCUGGGCGGACGCAGGAACUCGUAAGGUGGAGUGUAUCGAUCCGUUCUCUCGUCUCAGGACGAAACUGACCGAAGGGAUUCAGUAUCCGUUCGCCAUCGUGUCUUACGGCCGAAACCUCUACUACACCGACUGGAGGAGGGAGGCAGUGGUUGCUAUGGACCAUCAUGAUGGGAUGGAGGUGGAGGAGUUUCUUCCUCAGAAACGUUCACGUAUAUACGGCAUCGCUAUCACUUACCCACAAUGCCCUGCAGGUGUGAACUACUGCUCUCGUGAUAACGGAGGCUGCUCUCAUCUCUGUCUGCCGCGGCCGGGUGGAUUCACCUGCCGCUGUCCUGACGCCGGAGACGGCUCAUGUGUCGAGCACCACCAGAACUUCUGAGGUUACGAGAGACUCAGAGACACUCAGAACCGAGGAGGGAAUGUUCCUUAGGGCUCGGGGCGAGACAAUCAGUACAGUAGGGAUGCACUCGAUAUAUUCAUAUCGCAUCUAUCAGUGUUCUUCGUCAGUGUGUCGGUCCCAUGAGGCUGAUUAUAGACGCAGACAAAAUCAGGGUUUCACUUUUCUCAAAGUCUUUUACGAAAGUACUGCACAGUUCCAUAUGGAGGCUUGUUUUCGUCACAGAUUAGAAAACUAGAACGGUAAAGUUUACGAUACAGACUUUUUUAUCAACAUUCUGACUUUUUAUCGCAAUUUGCAGUUUACUUUUACAAUUCUGACUUUUUUAAUCGCAAUUCUGUUUAUUUUCCGCAAUGACUUAAAUUGCAAAUCUGACUGUAAUUUUUGCAAUUCUGACUUUUUUAAAAUCAGAAUUCAGAGUUUACUUUUCACCGUUUUUUUAUUUGCAAUUCUGAAUUUUUUUAUCCAAUUCUGAGUAACAUUUUCGCAAUUCUUACUUUUUAUCAGAAUUCGUAGUCUACUUUUACAAUUAUUACUUUUUUAUCGCAAUUCUGAGUUUACUUUCUUCAAUUAUUUUAAUUGCAAAUCUGAGUGUAAUUUUGACAAUUCUGGCUUUUUUUAUAUCAUAAUUCAGAGUUUACUUUUUGCAAUUCUGACUUUUUUUCACAAUUCUUAGUCUACUUUUCCAAUUCUGACCUUUAUCGCGAUUCGGAGUUUACUUUUCACAAUUCUGACUUUUUUAUCGCAAUUCUGAGUAACAUUUUCGCAAUUGUUACUUUUUAUCAGAAUUCGUAGUCUACUUUUACAAUUAUUACUUUUUUAUCCUAAUUCUGAGUUUACUUUCCGCAAUUAUUUUAAUUGCAAAUCUGAGUGUAAUUUUGACAAUUCUGGCUUUUUUUAUAUCAUAAUUCGGAGUUAAAUUUUCACAAUUAUGACUUUUUCUAUCAAAAUUCUUAGUCUACUUUUCCAAUUAUGACUUUAUCGUAAUUCUGAGUUUACUAUUUGUAAUUAUUUUAAUUGCUAAUGUGAGUGUAAUUUUUGCAAUUCUGACUUUUUUUUUAAUCAUAAUUCAGAGUUUAAUUAUCGCAAUUCUAACUUUUUCUAAAAUCAGAAUUCUCAAGUUUAAAUCUUGUAAAUCUUACUUUUUAUUUGUUUUUUUUUUUUUUUUUUGUUUUUGUUUUUUGUUUCCAUUUCGCAAUCCUUUACAGAAUAAAAAAUAUUAAAAAGGCAACUGUGACUUUUUAUCGGACCAUUCUGUGACUUUUUUCUCACAAUUCUGAGUUUAUUUCUCGCAAUUCAAAGAAAUAUGUAUAUCUUUAAAAAAAAUUAUCUGUAUGGCGGAAACAAGCUUCCACAGUUCUGCAUAUUUUCUACUGCACAGUUAUAUUUUUUAAUGCAUACAUUUUUCGCAUGAAAAAUUCUAGACUGGAUCUCUAAUGUGAAAGUUUUUCUUUAACUUUUUUUUUUUUUAAACCAGGUACAUUAUUAAAUACGUAUAAUAUCAUAAAUUACGUAUAUUAAUAAUUGUUAAUAAAACAGUAUUGAUUUUCUGUAUUAGUAGUCGUUUUAACAGUUUUGAUUUAAAAUUACAAAAUGAUGAUAUAUAAUGACAAACUGAUGAAAUGAAACUAUUUAAACACAUUUAUAAACUCUGUAUUGGUGCAUCCCUACUAAAACCACUUGAAUACAUGAAUCUGAAUCCAGAAUCUCGGGUUAGUUGAUAGUUAGAUAAAUAAAUGUGAUUUUACUAGUUGUCCGUUACAUUUAUACUUUGUGUGUGAGGGGGAAAGUUGCAUUCUGGGAUGGGUAUUAUGUACAAUCAUUCUGAUUUAGCUGAAAUAUUACUUACAAUUAUAUUUUAAUCCGAUUUUUAAAAUGCCAAAUGAAGAUUUCCUUUAUGUUUAGUGUAAAUAUCAAAAGUAUAUGGUCUUUAUGGGCUCUGUAUUUCCUCUCUGGUGCUCGGGGACCGAGGGCCCAGUUCAGGUUUUAUGUGAUGUUUACACUCAUACAGUCCAUCUGGACGAGAGCCUUCGAUGGGAAAUCACACUGUUUGUUUACACAAUGCAUGAUGGGACGGCGGACGGCUGUGAAAACAGCUGGACAGAGGAAGGAAGAGAGACUGUGUUUUGUACAGCUGUACAAUUAAAACAUUUUUAAGAGGUUGGAA